GUAGAGCCAAGUUUCGAGCCGCGAUGUGGUUCGAGGAGAGCAGCUGGUCGAAUCUUCGGCUUACUGAUCUCGUUGAGGAAUGGAGGGAUUUGUGGCCGUCAAAAAUCGAAUUCAUUGUGUCAGCAAUGGCAUAUUUGUUCGCAAUGACAAACUUCCUUAACUUGCCAAAAUUGAUACUCGAAAAUGGAGGAGUAGCAUUUGCGGCUGCAUAUGCAAUAGUCGUUGGGGUUCUAUGUAUGCCAACAAUGGUUAUGGAGAUGUCAAUUGGACAAGUGACCGGACGAGCGCCUGUUCUUGCUUUUUAUCAUCUGUUUCCCGUCUUCCGAGGAAUCGGAGUUUCUCAAAUUCUGUUCACAAUGGUCGUACUUGCCUGUAUGACAAAGUUCCUCUCAACUCUAUGCCUCUUCCUCUACUACUAUUUUUGGACAUUCCAUGCUGGUCGAAGUGGUCUCCCAUGGCUCAACUGCAAGGCUUUCCCAGAAUUUGUCUCCCAACCGUGUCGAGAAGCUGGAUCAAUCACGAAUAUUACUCAGAUCAACAACAGAUUGAACACGAUUCAAGCGGAAAGUUCGAUGAUGCAGUUUCUAACAACUUUGGAAAGACCAAGCGAAUCGAUUGCCGAUUUCAAAGAUUUUCAAUAUCCAAUUUUAAUUGCACAAGGAGCCAUUUGGAUUGCCAUCUUUGUGGCAAUUUGCUUUGGAGUUCGAUUCGUUGGAAAGACUGUUGCAUUUGUUCUGAUGCUUGCAUUCUCGUCUCUUCUUGUGUUCUUCCUUCGUUCAGCUACACUCGGAGGUGUCACAGAGAUUCUUGAAAUCUACUGGAAGGCUACUGACUGGGAAAAGCUUGCCGACUAUCAAGUUUGGAGACUCGCUAUUGAGCAGGCGAUUCUGGGAACUGGAAUUGGAUAUGGUGCAUUUAUUACAAUGAGCAGUUAUAUGAAGAGGAGUAAUAAUCUUGUUUGUGAUUCGAUCUUCCUGUCAGUGUGGCAUCUCAUCAUCUCAUUUGUGCAGACAAUGUCUAUCAUUUGUAUCGUCGGUUAUUUGAGCAUGAAACUUGGAAUCCACCCAACUGAACUAUUGGAGACUGGUGAAGAUCAAAUGUGGUACAUGUUGGCGUACGUGUCGUAUCUACCGAAACUCUGGUCAGGGGUUCUGCUUACCAUCUGCAUUUGCACAAUGUUUUCAGUCAUUACCAUCUUGGCACUUUCGGUACUAUCCACAUUUGAGGAUGCUUUUGGCGAGAAUUGGUCCAAGUGCUGUCGUCGAUUCUUCCUCGCUUUAUUCGUUUGCCUAUUCUGCUUCGGAUUGACUGUAUACUUUGCAACAAACGCGGGUCGUCAUGCUUAUGAACUUGCUACUAGAAGCAUCAAAUACUGUACAAUAUAUUUCAUACUGACAGCUGAACUUUUUGCGACAGCUUGGUUCUAUUGUGCUCACAAACUCGGAAAAGAUCUUCACAACAUGAUGAGAUCAAGAUGCUGCUCCUGUUUCGGACACUUCUUCCUCUACUUCACCUACUUACUGCCAAUAUUACCAGCGGGUGUUGCAUUCCUCAAUGCACUGGACUACAAAUUCUCCUCAUUCUCUGCUCCAAUUCACGAGUGGAAAUAUUCGGAAUAUGUUGGAAUCGCCAUCGCAAUGGUUCCACUGAUACCAAUUCCGUUGUAUUUCUUCAUGACGAUUCUGUGCGCAUGCUGUUGCAAAGGGAAGGAUCAUGCCAAGACUUGCAAGAGAAUUCGAACAGUAUUCGCUGCACGACUUCAGAACCACCACCAUCGAGACGAAAAAGCGCAGCCGAUUCCCCGAUACACGUCGAAUGCUCCAGGCUAUUUAUUACUUCCACAGGCUCCACUCGCCGAGCCAGAGAUUUACGCGUAAACUUCUGCCAAUGCAAUUUCUCAUUAUCACCGAUCUUCUUCUCUGCGAUGAUUUCCAAUCGAUCUCGCUGCGAACACUGACAGUCAAUUAUUUUUUCAAUCUACCACCUCUUCUAUUUUAUACAACGAACUACUCCACUAGCUGCUAGAAAUUUGAAUCUUGUGCAUAUCCACUCGGUUUGCCGCCUUUUCUCUUUCCUGUUAAUCCGAACUUGUUUCAUUUCUUUUCUGUUUCGUUUGUAUCUUCGUAUCCUUCUGCUCUUUCCUGCCUUAUGUCCCUGUCUGUCAUCAUAAUCUUGAAUAUGUUUGCUUGAAUCAAACUAUUUACCAUCAUUCUUCCUAAUUAUGUGAAAUUUUGUGAAUAUCUACCGGUGCUCCUCGCAGUUCCUUUUCUUCUUCUUCUCUUUGUUUUAUACAGCUAAUAAAUAUUUUUAAAUUGG